CACGAACUUCAUCUUAGUCAGCCGUCGCGAGGUCUAACACACUUACAAAAGUUGAUAUGGCUUCAAAGCAAACGGACCAAAGGUCUCUGGGUGCAAUGCGAUGAAUGUGAUCGCUGGAGAUAUUUACCAGACAUCCUUGAUAGAUAUGAACUCCCAAAGAAGUGGUUUUGUUGGAUGAAUUCUGACAAAUCUCUAGCAAGUUGCGCAGCACCAGAAUCUCCAAUCCACUUGCAUGAUGAAGAGGAUUUAAUUCACAAUGAAUAUUCUGCUGGAUCGUUAGUUCUAGCCAGAAUUCCCGGCUGGCCGUGGUGGCCGGCCAUGGUAGACGACUGUCCAGAUACUGAACAGUUCUACUGGCUGGAUGGAUUCUCUGAUAUACCAACGCACUACAACGUGGUUUUCUUCGACCAAUAUGAAGUAACCAGAGCUUGGAUAGAUCCUCUGCACCUGAAGCCUUAUUGUAAACAAAAAAAUACUGUAAAAUUAUCAUCAAAUAACAAGAAAUACAGGAAUCGCUUAGAGGCAGCUAUAUUACAAGCUAAUGAUGCUGAAACAUUGUCUCUGAUGGGGCGCUUAAAAAAAUACAGUUUUAUAUGCAGAUACAAAGGGCCUAUCCUAAAACCGAAAACGGUCACGAAAAAAUAUAAAGAGAAAUAUCAAAAACAAUUCAAAAGAAAAUAUAACAUCGAUUUGCUCGACGACUCCUCUGAGUCUGAGAGUGAUAGUGAUAGUAUUAGUAACGUUAUACCGAGUAAAAAAAAAUAUUCUACGUUGUCAAAAAAUACUAAAGUAAUUAAAGAAGACGACGCUAAGAAAAAAUGUGACGGCUCAGUUCAGAAACAUUCCUCUAUUUUGAUCCAAGAAACGAAAAAAUCUGAUUCAACUCAUGUAACUGUCACACAUGAAAGUUCAAAAACAAAUAUUGUUAAGGAAACCGAAAAAAAAAUCAAUACACCUAGCACUCAAAUUGGUGAAAAUCGAGAACGAUCUCCGGCCAGUGAAGAUUUUGAUUUUUAA